CCUUUAUUUUCUACCAAAUUCGUCUCUCCCCCUCCUAUCUCAAGCCUUUCUUCCCAGCUCUUUCGCCUCACAACUCAACCAGCUUUCUUUCGAGCCUUAAACUACACGAAAAUGAACGAAGCUGCCUUGGGUGACUUUAGUUUCCCUGAUCUCUGUCACCGAAGCUCAGGCCUCGGUGGCUUCUUCCCCUGCUCAACCGAACAGUGGGGUGAAUUGCCGUUCCAAGUUAAUGACUCCGAGGACAUGAUUGUCUACAACUCACUGCAUGAUGCUCUCAGUUUUGGGUGGUCUCCGUUAGAUUUUACGGCGACCAACGUGGAAUUGGAGUCGAGGGAGGUGUCGGAGCUGGCUCCGAUUACGGUAACCGCGCCAAUCGAUUUGGCUCAAGAUUCUGCAUCGUCCGGGAACUUAUUGGGAACUUCUUUUAUUGCUCCGAAAAUCGAAAAUCAAUGCGAAAUUUUGUUGGAUGAGUCAAGAAAAUUCUUCCAGAACGCUCACCGGAGAGUGAUCAAAGAGAGGCACUACAGAGGAGUGAGGCGAAGGCCGUGGGGGAAGUUUGCCGCGGAAAUACGUGACCCGGCUAAGAACGGAGCGAGAGUGUGGCUUGGCACGUACGAGAGGGCAGAGGAAGCUGCGUUGGCUUAUGACGUAGCGGCUUACAAGAUGCGCGGCUCCAAGGCUUUGCUUAAUUUUCCUCACCGGAUUGGUUCCGGUGAGCCCGAGCCGGUUAGAAUCACAGCCAAGCGACGAGAAUCAGAGCCGGCGUUGGACAGCGGCUCCCCAAAAAAGAGGAAAGGCUUGACAACUAACGAAGCUGAAAUCAAAAUAAAGAGAGAAUCAAAUGUAUUCGAGCAUCAACAGCAAAAGGACCUGCUUCCAAUUAACGAGCAAUUAGAGGAAUGGAAUCUAAUGUAGUUUUUAUUUUCUACUUGGAUAAAAUGCACCGGUGGCUAAAUGCAAAUGUCACAAAGAGUGCCAGAUCAAUUAAUGGUCAUGUAAUUAAUAAACGUUACACAAAAAUCGAGUCACUUUCAUUAGUAA